AUGUCGUCCCGCAACUCCGAGACCAUCGACUGGCGUGGGUGUGCUGAGCAAGCCGAGGGAGCCUUGGAACUACAACAACUCGAGGCCGAGCGCGAUCUUGCCUGCGCGCAGCGUGAUUCUCUUCAAGCACGAGUUGCUGCGCUCGAGACCGCAAACGAAGGCCUGAGAGAAAGGAUUCGGGAUUUCGAAGACCACGAUGGCGUCAAAGUAGAAGAUGGCAAGUAG